UUUACAUGUAGAACGAACCUUCAGAUGAGUUUUACGCCACCUGACAAAAUCCAAGUCGUUACCUUCCGGCUCGUGAACAAAAUUCAACCUGCUCUGCUUGGAGACCCUUGAACUUGGAGUUGGAGCUCGGGGUCACCAUGCACAGGCGGAUCCGCUCGAAUGCCCAGUCGCCGCUGGCCGCCAAUCGACAUCGCCGUUUGAGGAGCGGAGUGGACAAUGCCUCCGGACGAGGAGGAGGAACAAAUCCCGAGGACGACCGAAUGUGCUGGAUUUGCCUGACAGGAGACGAGGAUCAGCAAUCGGCUCGUCGCGAUUGGGUGCACCCGUGUCGCUGCCGCGGCACCAACAAGUGGGUGCACGAGUCCUGCCUCAGUCGCUGGAUCGAUGAGAAGCAGAUCCUGGCGCCAGAGGGUCCGGUGACCUGCACCCAGUGCCGCACGGAGUACAUCAUAGUAAUGCCGCCGCUGUGCCGCUUCGAUGCUCUGCUGGAGCUCCUGGACAAGGGAUACGAGCGCCUGUGUCCCAGCAUCCUGAUGGGCAUGCUGGCGGCCACUGUCUACUUCUCGGCGGUGACCUACGGAGCAAUCACUCUGCUCCAAAUGGCCGGCUACGAGAAUGGGAUGCGGCUGCUCCAGGAGGAUCCCACACUGCUGAUGAUCCUGCUGCCCGCGGUGCCAACUGUCCUGCUCCUGGGUCGCAUGAUCCGCUGGGAUGACACCCUCAUCCGCUGGCUGCGUCGUCGUCGUCAGCACCGCCAGGCUGUUCCCGCCGAGCAACUGGACGCGGCGGGUCAGCCGCUGCCCGGUGCUCCCCUGGACGAUGGCUACUUCGAUGAGCUGGAGCAGGAGCAGGACGGCUUGGAUGGCCAGCAGCUGGGCAAUGCCUUUGCCUCCGAGCACCUGGGAAGCGUCUCCAUGAGCUUCUGCAUCGCCCUCAGUCUGCCCACCGUCUCCGUCAUCCUGGGCCGAUCCCUGUUCGGCGGGAUCUACGAGGAGAGCAGGCUGCUGGGCAUCCUCCUGGGCGGAGUGACCUUCGCGGCCGCCAAGGGACUGGCCAGUGUCUACUUGAGACAGACCCAGUACCAGUGCAGGCGGCACAGACUCGUUGUGGACUACACGCCGGAGAAUAUCACAAAGUUCACCAGGCACCAUGCCAAUCGUGGUCCCAAUCCCGUCCAGAGGCCAUGAAGCCACCCGGAAUCCAACUCGCAGCUCAGACGCCCUGUUGACUAUUUGAGUUUUAUGCUGGCCACCAAUUCUAUAAUACAAUCACUUCGAAACACA